AUUGAAGGGCUCCUCUGUGCCGGAGGGGAGCUCCGGUGCGGGGAGACGUGGUGCCGGGGAGCCCGGGGUGCGGGUGAACUGGAAGCGCUCCUGGUCAUGCGGAAUUGUCCUUCUGUCUUUGUACUGUACUGUUGAUGGGACAAAGAAGUGGACGUCAAGAAAGAAGCAAGGAACUAGAGCUGGCACUAAGUGAGACGAUGGCAGAAGCAGAGGUACAAAAUAAAGAAGAGGAAGCUGAAAAGCCGAAAGCCAAAGACCAAAGGCUAACAUCAGUCUUUGGUGUGGCAGACUUAAAAAAUGGAGCUAUCGGACUGUACAACAUUGGCCAGAGCUGCUGUCUGAACUCUCUGCUCCAAGUGUUCCUCAUGAAUAGACACUUCACUGGGAUACUUCGAAGGAUCACAGUGCCACCAUGUGCUCUGCAGAAGAGGAGGAAUGUCCCAUACCAAAUGCUCCUGCUGUUGGAGGAGAUGCAGUGUGGCAAGCAGAAAGCUGUUUCUCCCAUAGACCUUGCUUGCUGUCUUUCAGUACACAGGGUGAAACUGUUUGUGCAGUAUGACGCUGCCCAGCUCUUUCUGACUCUCUGGAACUUGGUGAUGGGGCAGAUGAAAAAGCCAGAGCUGGUUGAAGACCUGAGUUGUUUGUACACUAUCCAUAUACAGGAGCACCUGGCCUGUCAGAAAUGCUCUUCUGAAACAAAGAGGAACAGCAGCAUGUUAACCCUUCCACUCCCAGUUUUGGAUUCCAAAUCUCACAUGCUGAAGACUCUGGAGGACUGUCUGCAAUACUUUUUCCAUCCAGAAGAGUUGACUGGUCAGAACAUGUGUUUCUGUGAACAGUGUGGAAGGAAAACACCUUUUUUGCAGAGCAUGAAGCUAGUCCAUCUGCCACAGACUCUGACCAUACACCUAAAGCGCUUCUGCUGUGAAAAAUCAGCCUACAUUCACAAGCUUAGUCACUAUCUGCCGUUCCCACAAGAACUUGAUUUCAACACAGUCUUGACAGAAAAGCAGUGCCAAGCAGAUGACAAUGAAAAGGCUGCCUGGCAGUAUGAGCUUUUUGCCGUUGUUGCUCAUUCAGGAUCAACUAGUUAUGGACACUACUGUGCCUAUAUUCGAAGUCUCACAGAAUGUAAAUGGUAUUGCUUCAACGAUUCUGAGGUUUGCCAGGUAUCAUGGGAUGAUGUUAAAUGCACCUAUGGACAUUCCAACCUCCACUGGGGAGAAACGGCCUAUCUCUUGAUUUACAUGAAAAGGCAUCCUCAGUAGCCUUAUCCAGGAGUAUCAGAUGUUUCAGGAAGCUGUGUGUGGUACAUGGAGCUCAGCACCUCUGUGCCAGUGUGGACACGUACAAAUGUUCCACAAGAAAGAUAUUCUGCACUCAGUCAGCAACCUCUGCCUUCACGUUUGUUUAUGAAAAAAAGUGCAGGAGAGACUCAGCUAGAGAAAGGAUCUAAGAACUGUUGCACCUAGAAACUUCCUUUCAUAUCUUUUUGAUGUAUAUGUGAUUCUAUAUAUUGAUUUCCUCUUCAAAGAUAGUAGGGUUAAUCCUUGUCUCUGCUGACCGACUGGUUUAAUGCUGCUGCCUUGGUUUCAGCACAGGGGAAGCAUUUGGCCUGAAAGCCUGCAUGAUGUUCCAGGGAGGCACGUGGUGUGGUGGAGAGCUGCGGUAGCCUUACCUAGCCAGGAAGACUGUAAGAGCUUGAGACUUACUCUGCCCUUUCAGUGCCAUGUUAGAUGCUGGCAAGCUGGGCAGGGGACCCCAAAAGUCUUGAGAAACAGCUGGAACAGGGACCAGAACCCUUAUGACACACAUGCACCGGUGAUGUUUACUCCUUAAAACCUUCCUGGAAAUGAAUCACUGCAGGGGCUGAGAUGUGUUUGGAAGUUGGUGUCAGCAUAAAGAGGUGUUCUUUAAAUCAGGAGCUAUUGUAGUAGUUUUGAUUUACAAUGUGAGUUUGUAUAUAUUUAUGCAGAUGUUUAUUGUUUUAGCAUGCUUAUUGAGCAUUUAUUUGCAUUUUCUUUCCUGUAUAGAGGAAAAUAUUCAGAGCAACAGACAUUCUGAAGCUAGUUGGUGAUUUUGCACAAUUAUCAUGGUUUAAUGCCAGCCAGCAGUGAAGCACCACAGAGCCGCUUGUUCGCCCCCCUGCUCCCAGUGGGUUGGGGGAGAGAAUCAGAAGAGUGAAAGUGAGAAAACUCGUGGGUUGAGAUAAGAACAGUUAAAUAAUUUAAAUAAUUGAAAUAAAAUUAUAAUGAAGACUAUACAGAGUAAGCAAUGCACAAUGCAAUUCCUCACCACCAGCUAGUCCUCAAGCAGCAGUCACUGCCCCUGGCCAACUCCCCCCAG